UGGAGGCGUAGAUCGCAGUUUUUUUCAGUCGGAGAUAGUAUAGGACUGGAGGCAAACUGUGUUGUAAUUUGUACGCUGUAAACAUGUGAUGAAUUAAUCAUUUAUUGUGUCUUGGAAGGGUAUUAAACAUAUUAUUGCAUAUUAAAACACAGCUUUAUUGCUCUAUUUAAUUCAUAGUAUUAUUUAUUGUUAUUCAACCGGGUUGCGGUCAGUUCAUGUAUAUUUGAAAAUUGAAUUGAAGUUGAUAAUGAUAUUGAAAUUUGAAUUGAUAACCUGUUAGGUGCAAUAAAAUAUUUUAACAUUUUGAAUUCGGUAAAAAUAAAAAUAAAUUGAAGUUCUACUAUAACGUACAAAUUACAACUCAAAGUUAUUCUGUCGAAGCCUUGCUUACUGGUGUAACUUAAUUAAUAUCUUUGUGAAGCCUCGAAGUAUUUAGCAGUGAAUAAUGUCUUAUACGUGGGUAGCGCAUCCAAGAAACUAUGACCUAGAGAAAAAAACUGGACAUUUAACAGCAGAGGAAGUCAUAGAUCAUCCACUUAAGCCAUUAACUAUUAUGCUACAAGAGGGAAAAGUCAAACGGCGGCCUGGUAGUGCAGCAAGUAGUACAUCUUCUUCAACCCCAGGGACCCCUCGAAAAACAUCCAGUAGCACUACCACUACUUGGGGAGGUGUUGAUCCCCUCUCUUCUCUUCAUCCUUUGAGUGCAGCCUUAGAGGGUCUUGAUCCACUUUCUCAGUUUGCUGUGACGACUGAUCCUCUGAGUCAGAUGGCAUCAGAAGCAAGCUUUAAUGAAAAAGAAUUUUUUAGUAGUAAAAAGAGCAAACAUGAAGAAAACUUUGAGCCCUGGACAUCUAAACGAAAUGCUAUUCUUAACAAGUACACUACUUCAGAAAAGCUCUCUAUUAUCACCAGUUUUCUUUCCGGGGGUGAAAAAGUUGUAGUUAAAACCCAGAGUUCAAUGACAGAUAAGGUCAAAACCCGACUAGAACAACUUGAUGACUUCGAAGAGGGAUCAGUGAGAGAAAUGCUAAACCUAUCUCAGCAAGAAUACGUUCAUCGAAUUGAAGAACUCAACCAAGCCUUGAAACAGUCCUGGGAUCAAGACCAAAGAGUUAGAGCUCUCAAAAUUGCUAUUCAGUGUGCCAAACUUCUUGUGGACACAUCAGUUAUUCAAUUUUAUCCUAGCAAAUUUGUUCUUAUCACAGAUAUAUUAGAUAACUUUGGAUCAUUAGUGUACCAAAGGAUUCACUCGAAGGCUGAAUAUCACAAGCCAGGUAACAAAUACCCUGUACCCUUGCCAGAAAACUUCACUCCAGAUCAGGUCCCAGAAUCUGCUAAAGAAACUUGUCGAAAUUGGUUUUUCAAAAUUGCAUCUAUUCGGGAACUUAUUCCAAGAUUUUAUGUUGAAACAGCUAUCUUAAAGUCUUACAGCUUUUUGACUCAUGGCGAAUAUUCUCGUGCUUUAAUGCGCCUGACAAAAAUGAUCAGAGGAAUAGGUGACCCAUUGGUGGCAGCUUUUGCUCGUUGCUAUCUGUGUAGAAUGACAUCUAGUAACUCUGGUCAAGUUUUUUUUUCAUUGUUUAAGCUUCAGAGUCCUGUUGUCCAGAGAACUUUGGUGGAACAGAAAAUUGACCUUCCAACUUAUCUAACCCUCUACUCUCCAGCACUUGAUUGGAUACUUCAUUGUGUAGCCUACAGAGCCUCAGAAUUGGUGUUAAAAGAAGUGCUUCUAAAAUGUCGAUCUCAGUGCAACAGUGCCCUUCUCCUCAACUCUAUCAUGACUGCUUUCAAACCAGAAUUCAUUGCUAAAAGAGCUCUAGAUUUUGUAGAAAUGAUGAAAGAAUGUGAUGAAGCUGGAUUUCCAAAACACCUCUUGUAUCGUACUCUAGGCCUGUGCCUCGUAGUUGCUGACCCACCGGAGGAUCAACGCCUGCAGAUGUUAAAUGAAGUGUGGAAAGUUGUAACUAAACUUAAAAAUCCAGCUGACUACAUGAGUUGUGCUGAAGUAUGGAUAGAAUAUCCAGUCAAACACUUUUCAAAGCGUGAAGUAAAUACUUUCCUCGGAGACAUCAUAAAGCACAUGAACCCUGAUCGUGCCUUUGAAAGUCACUACUCUCAACUGGUGAGCGUGUUUGAUAGGAUACUUUCCCACAUGCAUGAUUUUGCCAUGCUUUUUUCUAUGGACCACUUUCUUCCCUUCCUUGACAUGCUGCAGAAGGAGUCUGUGAAAGUGGAUGUUUGUAAAAUGGUCAUGGAGACCUUUGUCAGGACUGUGAGAGAGCCUACAAAUGAUCCUGUCGUCAUCAAUGCUUUGAUGUUUAUUUGUAAAACAAUGCAUGAUUCAGUGAAUGCUUUAACCCUUGAUGAUGAAAAGAGGCAGGUUUCUGCAUUGAUUUGUCGUUUUAUACGACAGAUUGAUUACGGAAGAGACUUUGAGCAACAGUUGAGCUUCUAUGUAGAGGCCAGGGCAACGUUUAGUAAUUUGGAUCCUAUACUUGUUCAGCUUGUUCAGUGUGUCAACCAUUUGGCCAUGAAAACAAGACAGAUAAUAAAAGGCCAUCAUACGAGGAAAACAGCAGGUUUUGUUAAGGCUUGCUCUGCAUAUUCGUUCAUCACCAUUCCUUCAUUGACAGAUGUCAUCAGUCGAUUAGACAUGUACUUGAUCUCGGGUCAGGUUGCUUUGCUAAAUCAGUGUCUGUCACAAGCGGAUGCUUUCUUUAAAGCUGCUAUUAGCUUACUUCCAGAAGUUCCAAAGACAGUGGAAGUAGAUGGAAAACACCGUUCAACUGAACCAUUUCUUAUUUCUUAUAUCAGUAAUUUUCUGUCGGCUCUGUUGGUAAUACCAGAUCAUCCAGAGCAAGAGCCUCUAUAUUUGAUUCGUGGUUUACUGAAUGUUGUUCAAGAUUACACUUGGGACUCCAAUAGUGAUGCUCGUAUCAUUGUUUAUCUAAACGUGUUGAACCUGCUAUCAUCUAUGACACAAGAAUCCUACAUUUACCACAUUGAGAAAGUGGAUUCUAAUGAUGCUCUGUAUGGAAGUGACCCAAAGUUUUUAGCUAUGAUAAGCAAAAUUGGUUCAACUCUGGUUGAUGAAAUGCUUUCCCAUUUGAAAUUACUUGGUGAUAAAGGGACAUUUAAACGACAAGCAUCGCUAGCCAUGGAUUUCUUUAACAGAAUUGUCACUCAUGGAGAUCUUACUAAUAAUUCUUUAGCUACAUUAGCUGUGAAUCUGUGGGGUGUGAUUAACAAACACGGCACUGUGGAUACGAAAUAUUGUGUUCGUUGUUUAGAGUUUGUGAAGAAGCGAGGAAUGAGACCAGAUGGAAAAGCAUUCACUGAUUUAGCAGCCAGACUGCAGGUUCCUAGCAGAGUUUAGCCAUAGUGCUCAAUAAAUUUAAAUAUAAAUUUUCAUUUGUAAUCAUCAGAUUUUUGAUGAUUUUGGUGUAUUAAAUUCUUACAUGUACUGAUUAAGUGCUUCAAUUUGUUAGCUUUUUAUAGAAAUACCUUGAAAUGAAAUCCAUUGUAGUAUAAAGAUAAGAACAUCUUUUAAGAGAUGUUUUCAUCAUAGUGGAACUAUAAUCAUAGAAAUUAUUAGUAACAUUUACCCUAAUUGGUUAAGAUUUGCAAAUGAAUAAACAAAUAUAUUUAUGAAAAGCAAAAAAUUUUCACUUUGAUACAUCAGUUUGAAAUGUGGAAAAACAAAGUGUAAAGUGAAAAUUUAUCUUCAAAUCUUCUUCAUACAAUUGAAAAGCAUAGUUUUAUAAAAAAAAAACAUUACUCGUAAAAGAUUAAUAACAGAAAACUCCAAAAUAUCUGUAAUGAUAGAAACAAACAUUCAUCAUAUACAAGUGAAACCUACAUGUUAUUGAAACAGUGUAAAAAAAAAAAA